UAUCUGUGUGCAUGUAUUUCUGGGGGACAACCAGUGAAACAAGGAUACCUCAGAGGAAAUGAUGUGAAAAGAAUGAAGGGACGAAGGGAGAUAGGGGGGACAGGCUCGUGAAUAACAGCACCUCCUUUCCGUGCGCCUGCUCCGCAGCUUGGCUCCCCCCGGUCUCCUGCUCCCGGUGCGGCUGCGCUCCGCUGCGCUGGUGCCAGUGGGCCAUGUGGACGCGGCUCCCCUGCUGUGCACUCUCUCUCCUGCCGCUGCUCCUGCUCCUGCUGCUGAGCGAGUGGGCGGGGCGGGCUCUCUCCUCCCCGCACCUGCUGCUGCGGCCGCGGGAGCGCGAGCGCGAGCGCGACCCGGCCGCCUCCAUGAACUUCAACAUCGCCGUGAUCCACGCGGGCGCCAGUGCCCACGCGGAGGCGGUGGCGUCGGGGGCCGGGGGCCGGGUGGUGUACCCGGGGUUCGGCCGCGUCUACAGCAGCCUGGGGGAGAGCGUCGUCACACAGUGGGGCUCUGCCAACGUCAUCUGGCUACAGGUGAAUGACAGCAGCCCCAGGACCCUGCUCUCUCAGCUGUGUGACCUGCUGUACGCGAGGCCUCUGCAGGGGCUGGUCUAUGAGGAGGAGAGGCCGCCGCCCCUGGCCUGGGGCCCCCUGGCCCCCAUGCUGGAGUUCGUCUCGGCCCAGACCGGGCUUCCCAUCGUGGCCGUCGGUGGCGGAGCAGGUCUGGGGAGAGUGCCGCAGGAGACGGGCUCCAUCUUCCUGCAGUUCAGCGCCUCCACGGCCAUGCAGCUGGAGGUGAUCUUUGAGGUCAUGGAGGAGUACGACUGGACGGCCUUCUCGCUGGUGGCCACUCGUCACCACGGCUACCAGGACUUCCUGUCGAUGGUGGAGGGUCUGACGGACGGCUCCUUCAUCGGCUGGGAGAAGAAGAGCGUGGUCAUGCUGAACCUGACGGACGACCCCGGCGGCGCACGGACACGCCGGCUACUCAAGGACAACGAAGCGCAGGUGCGGCUGCUGUACUGCUCGCAGGAGGAGGCUGAGAUGGUCUUCCGGGCGGCCUGGGCAGCGGGUCAGGCGGGGGCCUCUCACGUCUGGUUUGCCGUGGGGCCCGCGCUGUCAGGCCUGGGCCUGGAGGGUCUCCCCAAGAGGCUGUUCGCUGUGCGGCCGCAGGGCUGGAGGGACGAGCCCCGGAAGAGGAUCGCACAAGGAGUGUCCGUGUUGACCCACGGCGCGGUGGCAUUGCGCAAAGACACAGGGGGGACUAACUUUGUCACCAACUGUCAAACGGACGCCAACAGCACGUUCAGAGUGCACGGCAGGAUAAAGUACUUCAGCAAUAUCACCCUCGCCGGGCGAGACUACUCCUUCAACAGUGAUGGCCUCCUGGCCAGUCCGUCUCUCGAUGUCAUUUCCUACAACCUGGACAGAGGCUGGGAGGAUGUAGGAUCGUGGGAGAACGGCGUGUUGCGGCUGCGCUACCACACCUUCUCCCGCUACGGCCAGUUCCUGCAGCCGCCCGACGACGCACAGCACUUGCACGUGGUCACUUUGGAGGAGCGCCCGUUCGUCAUCGUGGAGCUGGCGGACGCCGCCUCGGGCACCUGCAUUCGAGACUCCGUCCCGUGCCGCAAGUCCCUCAAUAGCAGUUCCAUCCAGGAGGGGGUGGCCCCUGUGAAGCAGUGCUGCAAGGGCUUCUGCAUCGACAUCCUGAAGCGCUUGGCCCGCAUCGUAGGCUUCACCUAUGACCUCUACCUGGUCACCAAUGGCAAGCACGGCAAGAAGAUUGACGGCGUCUGGAACGGAAUGGUGGGAGAGGUGGUGUAUAAGCGUGCUGAUAUGGCCAUCGGUUCUCUCACCAUCAACGAGGAGAGAUCAGAGGUGGUGGACUUCUCCGUACCUUUUGUGGAGACGGGCAUCAGUGUCAUGGUCUCCCGUAGCAACGGCACCGUCUCUCCUUCUGCCUUUCUUGAGCCUUACAGUCCAGCUGUGUGGGUAAUGAUGUUUGUGAUGUGCCUGACGGUAGUUGCGGUGACCGUCUUCAUCUUUGAGUUCUUCAGCCCCGUCGGCUACAACCGCAGCCUUCAGAGUGCCAAAAAAGCUGGAGGGUCAAAGUUCACCAUAGGGAAGUCCAUCUGGCUCCUGUGGGCCCUGGUCUUUAACAACUCUGUGCCUGUGGAGAACCCCAAGGGCACCACCAGUAAAAUCAUGGUGCUGGUGUGGGCCUUCUUUGCUGUCAUCUUCCUGGCCAGCUACACUGCCAACCUGGCUGCCUUCAUGAUCCAAGAGGAGUACAUUGAUACUGUGUCGGGCCUUAGCGACAAGAAGUUCCAACACCCCGAAGAUCAGUACCCCCCUCUGAAAUUUGGUACGGUUCCUAACGGCAGCACGGAGAAAAACAUCCGCAGUAAUUACCCCGACAUGCAUCAGUACAUGGUCAAAUACAACCAGAGGGGCGUGGAGGAGGCCAUCGUUAACCUUAAGUCAGGGAAGCUGGAUGCCUUCAUCUACGAUGCGGCGGUGCUGAACUACAUGGCCAGGAAGGACGAGGGCUGCAAGGUGAUGACCAUCGGCUCGGGGAAGGUCUUCGCCACCACGGGCUACGGCCUGGCCCUCAUCAAGAACUCCCGCUGGAAGAGGCCCCUGGACCUGGCGCUGCUUCAGCUCGUAGGAGACGAUGAGAUUGAGAUGCUGGAACGCCUCUGGCUGUCGGGCAUCUGCCACAACGACAAGAUCGAGGUGAUGAGCUCCAAGCUGGACAUCGACAACAUGGCGGGGGUCUUCUACAUGCUGCUGGUGGCCAUGGGCCUCAGCCUGCUGGUCUUCGCCUGGGAGCACCUGGUCUACUGGAAGCUGCGCCACUGCAUGAGCGGCAUGGGGGAGGCCGGCAAACUCGACUUCCUGCUGGCCUUCAGCAGGGGCAUGUACAGCUGUUGCAGCUUUGUGGACGAGACCGUGCAGGCAACCAAAGUCACCGUGGCCUCCCAUCACCACGGCGGCGCCUCCGUGGUCCAGGCCCAGCCUCCCACCCACAUCGUGCCGGCCGCCGUCUCCAACCCCGCCAUGGCGCUGGCAGCCCAGCAACAGCAGCAGCAGCAGCAAGUUCCAUCUCAGCAGCCGCCGCAGCAGCAGCCCCCGCCCUCGUACAAAUCCCCUCUCCCUGCCUCGUCGCCUACUGGGGUGCACGCCGGGGCCGGACUGGGUGGUGCCGUCAACCCCCCUCUCAUGGGUGCCCCGCUCCCCAUCUCCACCUUCCUGGCCCGGCCUGACCGCAGGCUGGCCGUGGUGGACCGCUGGAGGCUCCCCAAAACGGCGACCGCCCCUGCUCCGCUGGGCGUGGUGAGGGGAGGCAUGACCGAGAUGACGGCUUUCCCUCCGAAAGUGCCGACGGGUUGGACAGGAGCUCCUGUAGGAGUACAGGUAGGAGGUGUUGGUGUUGGUGUUGGUGGUGUUGGUGUUGGUGGUGGAGGAGUGGCGGUGGCGGCGGCAGCGGCGGGGCUGGAUGGAUAUAAGCGCUACUACGGACCCAUAGACCCUGAGGGACUGGGGCCCUGUGUGGAACAACAGCAGACAGGCUCCCAGACCCCCAAAACCAUCCCCAGGGGCCACGCGCAGCAGCCGCCGCCCCCCGCCACAGUGGCGUACUACCAGGAGGUCAAGGCCAUGGACCACGGGGUGGGGAAGAAGGUGGUGGUGGGUGGCAGCGGAGGGGGUCAGGGGAAGGGGGUGAAGCCUUUGGGGACCCCCCGGCUGCCUGGCAAGAGCCAGCCCCAGCCCCAACAGUCCCUCGGCCCGCUGGCCCCUAACCCCCCGCUGCAGCACCCCUCUCCCCCUCUCCCCUCAUCCUUCUGGAGGAAGCGGCGGCCCAAGAAGCAGCCCAAAGAGCCGGGCGGCCCGCUGUACGAGAACAUCCUGCCCCUGGGCCGCAGGGGCGGGAGCCGGGACGGGGUCCGGGAGCUGGGGGGUGGCGGCAGGCGGGGUCGUCCCUCGCCCCCCCUCCCAAUCCCCGUGCCUGUUCCUGUGUCCCCUUCCUACACUCCUCCCACGCCCUCUCCGUCGCUGCCCUACCUGUCCACCUCCUCGUCCUCCAGCACCUCGAGCUCCACCACCUCCUCGUCUGCCUCCUCGUCGCGCUCCACCUCCCCUUCGUCCACCACCACCACGUCAUCACAGAGCACCAGGGACGUGGAAGAGGAGGAGGAGGAGGAUCUGGACGAGCUGACGGAGGAGUCCAGCCUGCUGCAGGAGCACACGGUGAAGCGAGACCGCACGCGCUCACUCCUGUCUCCCCGAUCGCUCACCCACGGGCCCCCGCCUCCACCCAUACCUCCACGCAAACCGCGGGGGCCCAAAGGCGAGAAGGAGAGGGAGCGAGAGCGCGAGAGGGAGCGAGGAGGCAGCCAGCUGGCGCAGCUGCAGGAGUGGUGGGCGGGAUGGGGCGAACGGGAGCGCGACAGGAGCGGAGGCGGCGACUCGGCCGAGCGGAGGCGCGAGAUGAAGCGCAGGAAAGACCGGGAGAAAGAAAGGGAGAAGAAGAAGAAGAAGAAAAAGAACAAGAAGAGAAAAAAGCGGGAGAAGAGAGAGCGGGAGCGGGAGAGGGAGAGGAAGCGGCGCAAGGUGAAAAAGAAAAAGAAAAAAGCCAUGAAGACAAAGAGGAGGAAGAAAUCCAUCGUCAGCAAGCACUCCGAGCCGGAGGAGGGAGACGUGGAGGCCGAGAGGGAGGGAGACGGAGAGGGGGAGAGAGAGGGAGAAUACUCCUCCUUCUCAACGCAGUACCGCAGCACAUUCGGGGAGAAGAGUCGAGAGUCGGCCUGGGAAGGAGAGAGGGAGAGAGGCGGCGGGAGGAGAGGAGAAGGUGGAGAGGAUGGAGGUGACAGGGGGGACGAGAGUGGCAGUAGGAGCCGCGAGAGGAGAACCAAGAGCACCACCUCCUCGCACUCUCAAGGCAGUAGGCCGCGCUCCUCCAGCAAGCGCUACGCCAACCUCAACAAGCUGCCCUCCUCCGUCAAGUUCUGGGUGAGCGGCGGAGGUGGCGGUGGCGGAGGCGGAGGAGGUGCGUCGGCCACCGAGCCGGGUCCCCCCGGGUCGCCCCCGUCCUCCCUCCACACGCUCUUCCCCUCCGCCAAGCGGCGACGGAGCAGCAACCUGACGGAGAGGGACUCGGAGGGCCGCGCCGGGGAGCGCCGGCCGCUGCUGCUACACUACGACCGGGGACGGGCGCCCACCCGAGAGGGCCUCUCCUUCCACGAGUGGGACUCGGAAGAGGAGGAGGAGGAGGAGGACGAUGAGGACGAGGACGAGGACGACGAUGAUGAGGACGAGGAGGAAGAAGAGCAGAGGGAGAGGGUCAGGCAGAGGGUGGAGGCGGUGGUGAGGGGCGCCGCCGGGAGAGGUGCCGUGUCGGAAUCAGAGAGGGACAGGGUGCGGGUGGAGGAGAGCUACUCCGACGAGGGCUCGUCUGGAGAGUUUGGCCGCUUCGAGAGGUACUGGGAGGGCACCGGGGGGGCGGUGGGACCCGCGGGCAAUAGCGGCAUCGGGGGAGGGGGCUGGUUCUUUGGCACGUACCCGGCCAGGGAGAAAGGCGGGAGCAUCAACAGUCGAGACGACUCCGUCCUGGGCCGCUCGGAGGGUUGGGGAGGGGUGAGCGGGGACUUCUGGGGCUCGGGCGCGGGCGUGGGCUGGGGAUCUGGUGGAGGCAGCGGCGGCCUGGGUGCUCAGUGGCCGCCCCCUCCAACAGCUCUCCCGCCCCCCAGGCGCUACUGGUCGGUAGACAAGCUGCCCAUGAAGGGCGAUAAGAGGCUAAGAGGGAAGGGAAAGGGAGGUCGUCGCGGCGGUGGCGGCGGCGGGGGGGAGAUGGACGACGGCACGUGCGCCCAGUGCACCCCGCACCACCACAGCCGGCGCCACUCGCGCUCCAAACGCGGCAGCGUGCCCUCCCACAGCCAGGAGGAGCUGCUCCCCCACUGCCACAGCUUUAGCGGGGGCACGCGGCCCAAACCCCUGCCCCCCACGCCGGACGCCCCCAAAUCCGGCAGCCAGUCCAACAUCAGCACACAGCAGCAGGCUCAGCUCGGGGGCGAGCACCCAUCGCAGCCGUCCCCCUCGUCCCCGCAGCCCCUGCUCUCCCCCGGCGGCGGCAGCUCCUCCCUGCCCAUGCCCAUGCCCAUCCCCCCGCCCCCCUCGUCCGCCUCGGCCUCCCCGCCCGCGCUCUCCCCGGGGCCGGGCUCAGGCGGCCAGGUGGUGACCUCCAGCGCCAAGCUCCAGUACCAGAGACUGCGCUCUGUGCCCCAGCCCCGCCGCUUCUACUCGCCGCACCUCCCGCUCAAAGCCAAGAGCCUGUGCUCGCGCCGCGGCUCCGCACACUUCUCCAGCCUGGAGAGCGAGGUAUGACAGGGGGGGAGCGAGCGAGAGGAGGGGGCUGGUGCUCCGGGACGGCGGCUGCGUGUGCGCGUGCGCUCCGUGGUCCGCCGCUGCUGGAGCGUCACGCACAUCCACGCCACGACAACGGCGACGGCGACAAUGCGAGGCCUCGAGGACGAGCGCUACUACAGCGACAGUGCCGGAGCUGAUGGCGGGGGAGACUCCUCAGCCGGGUCCUCCUCGGUCUCGCUCGGCGCCCCCUGGGGGAGCCCAGCCAUCCUGC